GACCCACAAAUUGGAAAUCUACUCUUACUAUCUCCAACACUCAAAAUCGUUAUCUCAAAACCAUAUCCACUUUUCAUUCCCUCCACUCAUUCCUCUCUUCUAACUUCCACCCCAAUACAGAUCAGAAAAAACCAUUAGGAUCACAAGAUAAGACAUCACAAAACCAAAAAACCAUCUUACAAACACCACUUUCUCUUUCUCUGCUAUAUUCUGCAGAGUGAAAAAAAACAACCUUAACAAUGUCUUGCUCCAAUAUGACCAUGUUGGUCUCUUCCAAACCUUCAUUACCUGAUGCAUCUAACCUCUCUUUUCGUUCAGCUUUGAACCCUUUUCAGCUUCCUUCACAAAACUCAUCAUGUUCUUCAACUCCUUCAAGACCUUUCUCAAUUCAAUGUGGUCUAAGAGAACUCAGAACUCGUAUUGAUUCUGUCAAAAACACUCAGAAAAUCACUGAAGCAAUGAAACUUGUUGCUGCUGCAAAAGUCAGAAGAGCUCAAGAAGCUGUUGUUAAUGGAAGACCAUUCUCACAGACACUUGUUGAAGUUCUUUAUAGCAUCAAUGAACAACUUCAAACCGAAGAUAUCGAUGCGCCGCUUACUAAGCUUAGACCAGUUAAGAAAGUUGCUCUUGUUGUUUGUACAGGUGAUAGAGGUCUUUGUGGUGGAUUCAAUAAUGCAAUAUUGAAAAAAGCUGAAGCUAGAAUUGCUGAGUUGAAAAAUCUUGGUGUUGAUUACACUAUUAUAAGUGUUGGUAAAAAGGGUAACACUUAUUUCACACGUAGGCCUUAUAUACCUGUUGAUAGGUUUCUUGAAGGUGGAACUCUUCCUACUGCUAAAGAUGCACAAACUAUUGCUGAUGAUGUUUUCUCACUUUUUGUUAGUGAAGAAGUUGAUAAAGUUGAACUUUUGUAUACAAAAUUUGUUUCAUUAGUGAAAUCAGAUCCUAUAAUUCAUACUUUACUACCACUUUCACCGAAAGGCGAAAUAUGUGAUAUUAAUGGAAACUGUGUUGAUGCUGCCGAAGAUGAGCUUUUCAGGUUAACAACAAAAGAAGGAAAGUUAACUGUUGAAAGAGAUGCUAUUAGAUCUAAGACGAUUGAUUUUUCGCCUAUUUUGCAGUUUGAGCAAGAUCCUGUACAAAUUCUUGAUGCACUUUUGCCACUUUAUUUGAACAGUCAAAUAUUGAGAGCAUUGCAGGAAUCACUUGCUAGUGAAUUAGCUGCUAGAAUGAGUGCUAUGAGUAGUGCUUGUGAUAAUGCUGUUGAGUUGAAGAAGAAUUUGUCGAGGGUUUAUAAUAGGGAACGUCAAGCCAAGAUUACCGGUGAAAUUCUCGAAAUUGUUGCUGGUGCUGAUGCAUUAGUUUAGGUAAUUAUAAUGAAAAUUUCCAUUUUCAUUUUAUAUAUAUGCUUAUAUAAUGUUAUGCUAUGCAUGCAAAUGUUGCAAUUUUAUAAUGUCUUUUCUUAUUGUGCAAACUUUGUGCACUUGGAAAAUUGCAAUUUAAUUUGAAGUGGACUCAUUUUUUUUUGUUCAGUUUUUGUUCCCUGCUAAACUAUAUAUAUGUAUGUAAUAACAGAUUUGUAUAAAUAAUAUUCAGAGAGUUCACUGUGUUAA